ACAAAACCAAUUACAAUAAUAAAAGAAUAGAGAACCUGGCUCUUGGACCCAGAACUUCUACUCUUCUUCCUCUAUAAACAAAACAUGGGUUUUCCCCCUCUACAAUCCCAAAACAGAUCAACCGUCCUCUUCUCUCAGCAAUGCCUGGAACCUUAAGGAAUCUCUCACUUUCUCCCACAAUCUUCUCCUUCACCUUGCUUCUCUCAUUAAACUCACUUCUUCUCUUUCCAUUUUGUUACUCCCUUAAUGAACAAGGCCAAGCUCUUUUAGCAUGGAAGAGCAGUUUAAACAGCACUUUAGAUUCAUUAGCAUCAUGGAGUUCUUCAGAUUCAGCUCCAACCCCAUGCAACUGGUUUGGGGUGUAUUGCAACUCACAAGGAGAAGUGAUUGAGAUAAACCUGAGAUCAGUGAACUUGCAAGGCUCAUUUCCUUCAAAUUUUCAAUCUCUCAGGUCCUUGAAGAUUCUUGUUCUCUCAUCAACCAACAUCACAGGCAGGAUUCCAAAAGAGAUUGGAGACUAUCAAGAACUCACCUUAGUUGAUCUCAGUGGCAAUUCUCUCUUGGGUGAAAUCCCAGAAGAGAUUUGCAGUCUAAGCAAUCUGCAGAGUUUAUCUCUGCAUACAAACUUCCUUGAAGGCAACAUUCCAUCCAACAUUGGAAAUCUAUCAAGUCUGGUCAACUUGACACUCUUUGACAAUCACUUGAGUGGUGAAAUUCCAAAAAGUAUUGGAUCCUUAAGAAAUCUCCAAGUGUUCAGAGCAGGUGGCAAUAAGAACCUCAAGGGUGAGAUCCCAUGGGAGAUUGGAAACUGCACCAGCUUGGUCAUGUUAGGCCUUGCAGAAACCAGCAUUUCUGGGAGCCUUCCUUCUUCAAUCCAAUUGCUGAAAAGAAUCAAGACCAUAGCCAUUUACACAACUCUAUUGUCAGGCUCCAUUCCUGAAGAGAUUGGCAAUUGCAGUGAGUUGCAGAACUUGUACUUGUAUCAGAAUUCUAUUUCAGGUUCUAUCCCAAGCCAAAUUGGAGAGCUCAGUAAGCUCAAGAGUCUACUUUUAUGGCAGAACAACAUAGUAGGUACAAUCCCAGAAGAGAUUGGAAGAUGCACAGAGAUGGAAGUCAUAGACUUAUCAGAAAAUCUUCUCACAGGUAGCAUACCAAAGAGUUUUGGUCAGCUUUCAAAUCUCCAAGGUCUUCAACUGAGUGUCAAUCACCUCUCAGGCAUAAUACCUCCUGAGAUUUCAGAUUGCACUUCUCUGACUCAAUUGGAAGUUGACAACAAUGCUCUCUCUGGAGAGAUUCCUGAUCAUAUUGGCAACUUGAGGAGCUUGAAUCUAUUCUUUGCCUGGCAGAACAAGCUGACAGGAAAAAUUCCAGAUAGUCUUUCACAGUGCCAAGACCUUCAGGCAAUUGAUCUUUCCUACAACAACUUGAUUGGUCCAAUACCGAAACAAUUGUUUGGGUUGAGGAAUCUCACCAAAUUGCUGCUUCUUUCCAAUGAUUUAUCAGGCUUUGUUCCACCUGAUAUUGGAAACUGCACAAGCCUCUACAGGCUUAGAUUGAAUCACAAUAGACUGGCAGGUAACAUUCCACCUGAGAUUGGCAACUUGAAGAGUUUGAAUUUUGUGGAUAUGAGCAGCAAUCAUCUUGUAGGGGAGAUUCCUCCAACACUAUCUGGAUGCCAGAAUCUUGAGUUUCUGGACCUUCAUUCCAAUAGUCUCACAGGUUCUGUUCCAGAUUCUCUCCCCAAAAGCCUACAAUUGAUUGAUUUUUCUGAAAACAGGCUAACAGGUGCUUUGACUCACACCAUUGGUUUGUUAACCGAGUUAACCAAACUCAACCUGGGAAAGAAUCAACUAAGUGGAAGAAUCCCAGCAGAGAUCUUAUCUUGCACUAAGCUACAGCUUCUAGACUUAGGAAGCAAUAGUUUCACUGGAGAAAUACCCAAGGAAGUGGCUCUAAUUCCUUCACUAGAAAUCUCUCUCAAUCUUAGCUGCAACCAGCUUUCUGGUGAAAUCCCAUCUCAGUUCUCUAGUCUUAGCAAACUAGCAGAGCUUGAUCUCUCACACAACAAGCUUUCAGGGCAUUUAGGUGCUCUCUCUGAUCUUCAGAAUCUUGUUUCCUUAAAUGUUUCCUUCAAUGGCUUCACUGGUGAGUUGCCUAACACCCCAUUUUUCCACAAACUCCCUCCCAGUGAUCUUGCUGAAAAUGAAGGCCUCUACAUUGCUGGGGGUGUUGUAUCUUCAUCUGACAGAAUGGAAACCAAAGGCCAUGCCAAAUCAGCUAUGAAGUUUACCAUGACCAUUCUUUUAAGCACCAGUGCAGUACUAGUGCUGCUCACAGUCUAUGUCUUGGUUAAAACUCACAUUGCCAACAGGGUACUCAUGGAAAAUGAGAAUUGGGAGAUGACUUUGUAUCAGAAGCUAGAUUUCUCCAUUGAUGACAUUGUCUUGAACUUGACAUCAGCCAAUGUGAUUGGUACUGGAAGUUCUGGGGUUGUGUACAAGGUGGCAAUUCCACAUGGAGAAACUCUAGCAGUUAAAAAAAUGUGGUCGUCAGACGAGUUUGGAGCAUUCAAUUCUGAAAUUCAAACCUUGGGGUCAAUCAGGCACAAGAAUAUAAUCAGGCUUCUGGGAUGGGCUUCCAAUAAGAACCUUAAGCUUCUCUUUUAUGACUACCUCCCAAAUGGAAGCUUGAGCUCAUUAAUUCAUGGUUCAGGAAAGGGAAAAGCAGAAUGGGAGAUAAGAUUUGAUGUUGUGUUAGGUGUGGCUCACGCACUUUCAUAUCUGCACCAUGAUUGUUUGCCAGCUAUAAUGCAUGGAGAUGUCAAAGCCAUGAAUGUGUUAUUAGGUCCUGGAUAUCAACCUUAUCUUGCUGACUUUGGCCUAGCUAGAAUUGCAACUGAAAACAGUGACAAUAGUGAAUCCAAGCCAGUCCAAAGACACUACCUUGCUGGUUCUUAUGGAUACAUGGCUCCAGAACAUGCAUCAAUGCAGCCUAUCACUGAGAAAAGUGAUGUCUACAGUUUUGGUAUUGUUCUGCUUGAGGUUCUUACAGGAAGGCACCCUUUGGAUCCAACUAUACCAGGGGGUGCAAGCUUGGUUCAAUGGGUGAGGAACCAUUUGGCUAGCAAAGGAGAUCCAUCUGACAUUCUUGACUCAAAUCUGAGAGGGAGGGCUGACCCAUCCAUGCAUGAGAUGCUACAAACUCUAGCAGUGUCAUUUCUCUGUGUGAGCACCAGAGCUGGUGACAGGCCAACAAUGAAGGACAUUGUUGCAAUGCUCAAGGAAAUUAAACCUGUUGAAACCUCAAGGGGAGAAAAUGAUAAAUUGAAAGGAGGUUUCACAGCUCAUAGUUCCCCACCACCACCUAAGAAUGUGGUUUCACAUGGAUCUUCUUCAUGUUCCUAUAAUUUCUCAGAUGAUUCAGUCAGUUGAGGAGCAAGUAUGCAUCUCAUCAUGGAGAAGCUGUGCUUCAUUGUAAUUGUACAUAGUACCCGUUUGGAUGCAAAUCAAAAAGCACUUAUUAGAGCUUAUUUAGUGCAUUUUCUAGUAGAUAAGCUUCAUAAGCUCCUAUAAGUCCAUAUCUAAACGGGCUCAUAGUCUAAUGCAAUGGCAAUUAGAGCUGGCUUGAAUUAUUAAUUAGUGAGAUUGUGGUAAUCUAGUGAGUAGUGUGACUAUUUUUUCUUCAUCUUUUAAUGUAAUUUCAUAUAGAGAGUGCAGAUUUCAAGAGUUCUUAUAUUGAAUACAUAAAUAAAUAUCAUUUCAUAGGUUUACCUUUCAA